GUUACAGAAUGAGGCGUGGUUUACUUAAAGAGGCUGCGACUCACAACAUCCCUUUAUAGUCUACACAUAAAGUCACUUACAGUUUAAUCAACUCCGGGAUAAAGUGAAAGUCAUGUUAACGUUACACACGGUACGAAGACAGACUUUCAUGUUAACGUAGUUGAGAAGAAGCUGUCCAGCGUCUCUCUAUUGUCUUCUGUCUCCAUGGAGGACGCAAGAGUCCGCAGGAGGAUCCGUGUUUACGACUGUCGCUCCGAAAACGAGCAGCAUGUAACGCCCAAGUUACUAGAAACAACCGGUCAAGACUUCAACGGGUUUCUGCCGCUCCUGCACCGGGCAUUUGGAAUCCGUUCACAUGAAACAUAUGUGUUGACCACAACGGACAGAACAGUCCUGGAUUUUGACAGAUUUAAGGAGCUUCAGGAUGACAGCACCCUCCUCUUGUUGCAAAAGAAGGACCAAGCACUGACAGCGGCCACGGAGGAGCAUAUCACGUUUGAGCCUCAUUAUAAUACGCUGAUCCAGGCUGGCACGUAUGAGUACUACGCUAGUGAGGGACAGAAAUCACUGCCAUUCGCACUUGCUGAGCUGAUCGACAACUCUCUUUCGGCCACAGCUAAAAACCCAGGAGUGAGGACAAUAGAGAUACGAAUGGUGUUUGAUGACACUCUUGGAAAACCUGCCUUGAUUGUCUUAGAUAAUGGGCGCGGGAUGACCUCUAAACAGCUCAAUAACUGGGCAGUGUACAGACUGAGUAAAUUUUCCAGGGACAAGAGCCCACUUGUGAGUAAACAAGAGGGGUAUGUUCGACCUGAUGCUGUCCGUCGUAGUCUCAACAGUGAUAUAUCCUACUUCGGAGUUGGAGGAAAACAGGCUGUGUUCUACAUUGGAGACUCAGCCAGGAUGAUCAGCAAACCAGUUGGCUCCCCAGAUGUUCAUGAGCUGGUUCUGUCCAAAGAGGACUUUGAGAGAAAAGAGAGGAACAAAGAGGAUAUCUACAGCGGGAUCAUUAGAAACCGAAAGCCCGGUGACUCUUCACAUGUGACUAAAGCCGAUGAGCGCUUCCUCCAUAGCCUUAUCGCCGAGGAAUCUCUGAAGGAAAGCUUCACAGCCGUGGUCAUUAUGGGGCUCUUACCCGAGCAUAUCGCCUUUCUGAAACAAGAUUUCGAAAACUGGACCAGACAGCUAGCUCACAUAUAUCACUAUUAUAUUCAUGGAGUCAAUGGGAAGGACAUGAGAGCUGCUAGCUCUACAAUCUCAGAUCAUCAAAUUGACAUUCAGAUCACUUUGCGUGAGAAGCCUCCCAAGUGUCCCCGUGCGCUCAAUCUAAGGGAAGUUGACAACGACAUGCAGACUCUGUACAUAAGUUCUGCUGUAGACACGUUUGAGUUUAAGGCCUCUGAGAAAGACGGUGGCACGGUGGAGGGAGUUAUCCGCUAUCAUCCCUUCCUCUAUGACAAGGAGACGUACCCCGAAGACCCCGAUGCUGUGCAAGCCUCUGUUGAUGAUGAGGAUGACAAUAAUGAGUCUGGAAUCCAGCAUCACGCAAGAGGAGAAAGGCCGAUAUUUCACUGUUUCUGGAAUGGACGGCUCAUACCUUACACCACGGUGUCUGAGUUUGACUGGUGUUCUCCGAGUAAAGGAACAAAGGAUCUCGCAGAGUGCUACAAUCGAGUUUCGGGGGCGCUUUUCACCGACGACACAUUCCAAGUCAGCACGAACAAGCUUACCUACAUGGAGCUGGAGCUGAAACUGAAGCACAAGGAAACCAUCUUCACACGCAUUGUUAAUGGACAGAAUCAAAGGGUCACCAUUCAGAGGGAGUUUACGCAGUGGCUAAGAAACUGUCAUGAGAAGUGGGACAAGCAAGUGAAGUUCUUGGGCUAUAAGGAGACCAUAACACGAGAAGAUGUGCCCAGUAAGAUAAUGCAGCAUCCCUGGGCGACGUUCUCCUCCAUCGAAGUGGACGGCAAAACCUACACAGAAGGCCAACUCGUGAAGUCUCACAAAACGCAGCCCAUUGUGUAUUGUAGCGUGGUUCGUUUUUUGCUGUAUGGAAAACACGAGGGAGAUGUCUAUGCCACCGGGGGACAGGUUGAAGUGGCUCUGGAACCCAAAGCAUUUCACGACCAGAUCAAGACCAUACCCAUUUCCAAGAUUGACAAGAAGGCCACACAAGAAGCCAUCAAGAAAUACAUCGACAAUGACUCCGCCAAGCUUCCAGAUAUUCUGCAAGUGGACUGGCCAGAAGGGAACCCCUGGCCAAUGAAUGCUGUUCGUCCAGCUGGGACUCCAUUAGGUCCAUUCCAAAUCAAAAUUGUAAACAAGAAGGGAGAGUCAGUAUCCAAGAUGCCAGCAGUGGGCCAAGCAGGGAAAAAACUGGUUAUUGAGCUCAAAAUCGUCAAGCACGGCCCUAGAGGAGAUGAGGAGGUUUUCUCUUGUCCUCCUGCCCGACAUUCAGCAAAGUGGGGUUACUAUGUCAACAAGAUUGAGAAACUGACCGACCUGGGGAAGUAUACUCUUACCCUGAGUACUAUGAUAAAUGAAAGUAAUGCGACUACCUUUGGAGGCAGAGAGCUCCCAAGCUACAAACUCAAGUUCACCAUCAGUGAGGGCAGUGCUGAGAGUUUUGUUAUCGGCGAAGUGAACACUACUCUUCGCAUUGGAGUGCCGUUCGACAUUCCUCUGCUGAUAAAAGAUGGUUAUGACCACUCGGUGACGUCUCCUCCUGAUCUCAAACCUGAACUCAAAUGCAGUGGCCUGGAUCUGAGUUACGAGACAGUGGACAACCGUGGGACAACGUUCACCAUCAGAAGUGUCAAAGCGAGAGGAAAAGUCCUGAAUUACCAACAAUCAAAGACGUAUGACCUGAAAGUGACCAUGCCUGGCCUGAAAGAAGACACGCAGACUAUCAAGAUCAGUGUUCUCCCAGGUAAUCCACAUUCCCUCCAUGUGACGCCAGAAGACGACCCAAUCACAGUCGAGAACCGACAGCCUGUCACGUUUAAUGUUGAAGUUCACGAUGAGGCCGGAAACAUCACCGCUCACCCCAAACAGAUCGUCAGCUGCCAGGUUGAGGGGCUUAGACCAGUAGCAACGGACUGCAGCACCACAGGAGCUGGACAGCUGACGACAAAGCCCAUAAACCUGAAAAUAAUCAACGGAGAACCACAAAACCUCAAAGUUCAAUUUGAGAUUCCUAGUCAGAAGGAGAUGGCGUUGGUCGUGAGGACACUGAAGGUGGUGCCCAGCACAAGAGUCUCCCACAUGGAGAUCUGUAGCGCGGAUGACGAGAAUCUGGUGCUGAGAAACAAGGAGGAGAUCGAUUGGCUGGCUGGAGGCUUGCUGAAGAACCUGUUCUAUAAGCUGUAUGAUGAGGCUGGUAGAGCGGUUCCUCCCACUGCUGAAAUAGCCUCCAUGAUCAAGGUUAACUGGACGGGAGAUGUAAAUAUGGAGGAUCUGGUCCAGGGGAAGCUGCCUGACAUACAGGUGAUCACGCAGGUGCAGGAAAAACGAUUCUACCAGGUGUCCUACCAAGACCAGAGUGUGUCCGUCUCCUUCCACAUAGUGCCUCGUCCAGAUGAACCAACACGCCUGAAAGCAACUCUACUCCAAGACAAAGUGAAGCUGGGUGAAAUCCUACCUGGACACAUCAGUUUGGAGCUUGUGGACAAGUAUGAUAAUGCAACCAAGACGCUUAUCCCCACCUGUGAGAAGGACAUGAUCGUGGAAGCCGAGGGUCUGGACAAAUCGACCAUCGUCUUCAGAUGGCAGGGGGAGAGCAGUUGUCUUCUGGUAACGGGGUUGCAGUUCCAGGCUGGGACUCCUGGUCCCAGAGACCUGUGCUUCACCUACGGGAGCUAUGUGGCGCGCGUCAUAAUUAAAUUGACUGCCGGAGUCCCUGCUCAGCUUAAACUUGUCAGUGGGCCAGUGGAGCCUUUGCAGGUGUUGAACGACCAAGGUAUCGCCACACCGUUCCUCGUCCAGCUGUAUGACGAGUGGGGAAACCCCGCUACAGACCAGAGGGUUGUGGUACAAGUGAAGUCUUUACCCUCGACACUGAAGGUGAUGACAUCUGUUACCUCACAACCCGUGGACGCAGAAGGGAAAGCCUCUUUCACUGUUAAUAGUGUGAGCGGACCAAAGGGGAACUAUCGGCUGGAGUUUAAAGGUUCCCUCAACCAGAAACCGAUCCCUGGUCCAUCAGUGAAGCUCACUGUGAUCCCUGAUCCCACCAAACCUGUCAGCCUGUCAGUGGAGUAUAACACCGAUGCCAUGUUUCCUGCUGGAGGCGUCUUCCCAGUCUUCUCAGUGAUGGUGGUGUCUGAUGAAGGAAGCCCGAUUACAAGUUUCAACCCCGCUGCUGCGUCCAUGUAUCUGUGGAAGGGAGUGCCGUCAGGAAAAAAGCCUCCACAAGCGGCCACUGAGCUGAAGUGUAGUAAACCCAUGAAGAACGAGAAGAAUGACCGGUUUCACUUCAGAGAUAAAGAGAUCCCAGAACAUGUUGGAAAGCACACCAUCCAGUUCGCUCUAAAAAUCGUCGAAACAAAUGUCCUGUUCAGUAAUCAGAUUACUAUAAACGUGGUGGCCAAUCAACCUGUCAAACUGGGACCCGACUCUCAGCCGCCAACCCCAGUUGUUUCCUACAGUAAUGUCAUCGCCAACCGAACCUUGGUGGAGAAUAUGACUCUGAGGAUAAUGGAUUCAUAUGGAAACCCCGCGGGGCAGGACCUGGACGGGAACGUGUUCGUUUCUAUAAAGAACUUCAGUGAAGUGGGCAACAAAACCCUCCCUGUGUUCGAAGGCAAAACCAACAGCUUGAAAAUGAGCUUAGUUGAAGGGAAGGCCCACAUCCCUAGGCUGGCUAUCAUGGAGAACAGCCCCGGGGAGAAUGGAAGCGCAUACAUCCUCCUCUUCAAACCUGAAGUGUCGAUGGUUCCCAUGUCGCUGGCUGCUUUUGAGCUCCUCUUCCUUUUUUACAAUGAUGCAGAGAACCAACGGAAAAUGUCUGAGCUGUCCAGGAAGAAAGAUGAACUCACUACUGCUGUUGCUAAAUACAAAGACAUGUUUACUGACCAUAAUGAACUCGCUACUUUGCUGGCCUCUAGUCACAAGAGUGCAAGUGGAAAAGAGGCUGACAUCAGAGCUCUGUUGAUCAACAAGAAAGUGGAAAUAGCACAAACUAUCCCAGAUAUUGACAGACUCCUAAAAGAGAAGGAUACAGAAGCCCAGAGGAUCCUACAAGCACCCAGAAGAGUUUUCUCCAACACUGAUCACUUCGGGGGGCAGCAGGAUGUUUUGGGGAUGGUUGGCCACCUGGCGUUUGUGCAGGACGACGACGCAGCGUGGGUUAUCUCCUGGCAGAUCAGGGGUGACAUGAAAUGCGUCAUCACCAGAACGACCGCAGCAGCAAAGAAGAUCUAUGCCGACACCCAAGGCAGGCAGGAGGUCAUGCCCCUUGAAAGUGUUUUUGUGCCACGAUACAACAGGCCGAUGCCACAUAUAAAAGAUGGCCGCAACCUCUUUGAACCCCCUGGGAACCCAGUCUUCGCCAGAGACCUCCUGCAUUACCCCAACGACCCGGAGAGGUGUAAGAUCGCUUUUAAAAACCUCCUCAGAGACACUAUUCUGAUUGACGACCUGGACUCUGCAAACAACUACAGAGUGGCGGUGGCGCGCAAUCAGAUGGCGUGUCCCACCAUCCUGACCAGGCAGGGGGAGAGGAUCAGUGCCAGUGGCAAGUUCGGAGGCGACGGGAACAGAGCCCCACCGAUUGACACAUUACUAGUGUUUGGAGCCCCCAUCCCACAGCAUUACUACGGCCUUAAAGAACACAUCGACCUGCUCCGCCAGUACCGGUCCGCUCUGGAGAAGAAGGAUCAGGCAAAAAAGGAACUCGAAGAUCACUUAAGAAGCAUGAAGUCUCCUGAAUUGCUGAAAAAGAAACAAGAAAUGGAGGAGCAUAAGAAACAGCUGGAGGAGAUUGAGAGACAACUUGUGUCAACACCAGUACGACCAGAGAAACGGGGUCUUGCGGAAGCUGGUGAGCCGUCCGGCACCAAUCCGAAGAGAGCAAAGCAGAGAUCCAUAUAAGACGUGCAUGAUAGAUUGAGCACAAACCUCUGGUCAUUUUAUUAUGUUCUUAUUUUUGAGCUAAUUAAGUUGUUGCAAUUUUUAUUUGUACAGAUUUGUCUUAUUAUAUAUUUUUUAACACUACUGUAACAAUCAACAUUGCUUAUGCAUGACAUAAUAUAUCACAAAUAAUGAUUUCUCUAUAGCAAAUACAUAUUUACCAAGAUUGG